UUGAAGAUGUCAGGAAAUAUACCAUUAAAUAUUAAUAUUAAGGAGCCCCGAUGGGAUCAAAGCACUUUUGCUGGACGAGCCAAUCACUUCUUUACUGUAACAGACCCCCGGAAUAUUUUGCUAUCUAAUGCCCAGCUGGAAAAUGCAAGAAAAAUUGUGCAUGAUUACAGACAAGGUAUCGUGUCACCUGGGUUGACAGAAGAUGACUUGUGGAGAGCAAAAUAUAUCUAUGAUUCAGCCUUUCACCCAGACACUGGGGAAAAGAUGAUCUUGAUUGGCCGAAUGUCAGCUCAGGUACCCAUGAACAUGACUAUCACAGGUUGUAUGAUGACCUUCUAUAGAACGACACCAGCGGUGCUUUUCUGGCAGUGGAUUAACCAGUCCUUCAAUGCUGUGGUAAAUUACACGAACAGGAGUGGUGAUGCCCCAAUCACUGUCAGCCAGCUGGGAACAGCCUAUGUUUCUGCUACCACAGGUGCUGUUGCAACAGCUUUAGGACUUAAUGCACUAACAAAGCAUGUCUCACCUCUUAUAGGACGGUUUGUUCCUUUUGCUGCUGUUGCUGCUGCUAACUGCAUUAAUAUUCCACUAAUGAGGCAAAGAGAAAUCAAGUUUGGAAUCCCUGUCAUGGAUGAGAAUGGAAACAGACUGGGUGACUCAUCAAAAGCAGCUCAGCAGGCAAUUGCCCAGGUGGUUAUAUCAAGGAUUCUUAUGGCUGCUCCUGGCAUGGCAAUUCCUCCCUUCAUAAUGAAUACAUUGGAAAAGAAAGCCUUUUUAAAGAGAUAUCCUUGGAUGAGUGCUCCUAUUCAAGUUGGAUUAGUUGGAUUCUGUCUUGUGUUUGCCACACCCCUGUGUUGUGCACUGUUUCCUCAAAAAAGUUCUAUGUCUGUAACACGCUUGGAGCCAGAAUUGCAAGCCAAGAUCCAAAAGAACAGCCCUGAAGUAGAACGUGUAUACUUUAAUAAAGGAUUAUAAUUCAAGGAAGGGCAAGUAUCUUUCAAGGAGGAUCCUGUGAACUUAUUUCUGAAGUAUGUGCCAACGUGGUUGAAGAGCUCAGUUUAACUUGUCCUUUUGUUAAACAACUUUGAUCAUCUGCAUUAUUUUAUAUUUAAAGACUUUCUUCAUUGUAGUGUUUAAAAUACAAAAGGUCAUUUUGUCCACUUUGGUAUCAAUUAAAAGUUUAACCAUA